UGCUCAGGGAAGAGCCUACCACUACAGCUACAGACUACUAGCACAGCAGCAGCAGCAGCUAUGGAGUCAUCCUACUCUACUUCUCUCCAGCUCCAGGACAACUCUUUCCUGUUUGACUGCGAGUCUCUGCUAGACAAAUCUCUGGCAUAUGAUCCGGCCUCAGACCCUGGUUACUUCAGCGCCGCCAGCAGCCUGUCUCCCACCUCCUCUGUGGACUCCUUCUGCUUCUCCCCCACCUCCUUCCAGGCUAUGAGUAACGAACAAGAUGCUUUGGACUGCUUUAUCUUCAGCAAACCCGUGGCGCAUCGUCCUACCCACCAGGCGCAGACUCCCCUCUGCCCCGCACCCACCUCCUCCGCAUCCACCUCCGCUACAAAGAAGUCCAGGUCGAGGUAUCCGGGAAAGAAGCGGCAGACCGCCAGUGAGCGGGAGAAGCUGAGAAUGAGGGACCUGACCAAAGCUCUGAACCACGUCAGGACGUACCUCCCUCCCUCGGUGGUGCCAGCCGGACAGAGCCUGACCAAGAUCGAGACACUGCGCCUCACCAUCCGCUACAUCUCCUACCUGUCGGCCCAGCUGGGCCUCAGCGACGAAGCACUGGAGCAGAGGAGAUCCUCAAGCGCCGUGGAGCAGACCCAACCCCUCAGCCAGUUCCUGGCUCAGCCGACAGCCAGCUACGGCACACAGGAAUCAAGGUGUACCAGCGUGAGCACAGCCCAGGUGCCCUCAUAUCAGGUUUCAAGUGGGUUCGCCUUCAACAGCGAGCAGUACUGGAUGCUCCAGCAGCAAUGUCAAGAUUUCACCUUCUCUGGACAAUGCUGA